AUCCUCCGCAGAAACCGCAGACAUCUCUGCAGGAGCAGAGAGCCAUUCUACAGCUCACAACCUAGCGAGGCCCCUGUAGCCUUGCAACCCCCGGAUAUGGCAGCCUCUCCAGAGAAACUCCAAGGACCUCAGCCAACAGAAGGUCAGUCAUUCCCAACAGGGCCAGCUCAGGGGGACCAGUCUAAACAGCUAACCAAAACCCUGUUGCAAUACCUAGCAAGGCCCAACCUCUGUGAACAACACUUAACAAGUCUAGGCCAGUUGAAAAUAGGAUCACAAGAGCUGGUCGGUUGUCAAAGCCACCUGGCUAUUUAAAGGACUAUGCUUGA